AUGUAUGUGAAGAAGUUAGUGCUUGAUGGCUUCAAGUCCUAUGGCCGGCGCACUGAAAUCGAAGGAUUCGAUCCAGAAUUUACGGCCAUAACAGGUCUAAACGGUUCAGGCAAAUCAAAUAUUCUGGACUCGAUUUGUUUUGUGCUUGGCAUCAGCAAUUUGCAAAAUGUGCGUGCAUCUGCGCUGCAAGAUUUGGUCUAUAAGAAUGGCCAAGCGGGCAUCACGAAGGCAACGGUCACAAUCGUAUUCGAUAAUACAAAUGCACAGCAAUGUCCGCCGGGAUAUGAGAAGUGCCGCGAGAUCUCGGUGACACGUCAAGUGGUUGUUGGUGGCAAGAAUAAGUUUCUGAUCAAUGGCAAGCUGGUGCAGAACAAGAAGGUUCAAGACUUCUUCUGCUCCAUGCAGCUCAAUGUCAACAAUCCGAAUUUUUUGAUUAUGCAGGGCAAGAUUCAACAAGUGCUGAACAUGAAGCCCAAGGAGUGCUGGCGCGAUAUGCGUUUGACGACCCGAAAGAAAUUGGCGGAGCUAAAGCGUUGCCAGCUGUCCGGUGGGUCGCCGCCACCGGGCAUUGAGCUGAACCAGGAGGAUAACGACAUAAUUGAYAUAGUGGGCACUGAGUACUUUUACGAGGAAAUGAACGGGGAGCUGAAGCCGGAGAACUUUAUGACUGGCUUCGACUACGUGCCGGAGCACUUUUGCGAUGCCAUACUGACGGCUGCUGCUGGCCAGCAGCAGCAGCAGCACAUGCAACACCCAAAGGAUCCCCAGUCSCACAGUGCYCAGCAGCCGCAGGAUCAUCACACCAAUGAUGGCGAGACAAACGAUGCGCCAGGCUCCUCGAACGGUGGCUCCUACCAGGGUCAGAACGUGACCCAGCUGCAGUCGCAUAAUGGGGGCGGAGGUGGCGAGCACAGCAAUGGCAACAGCACGCAGCCGCAUCCUGGCAUGCCCCAGCAUCCGGCCUUUCAUGGUGGCCUGCAUCCGCAUCUGUUGCGGCGGCAACACACAAAUGCGUCACUGCAGCGGGAGUCGCCGUUUGAGGAGAAGCUGCUGCAGUUCAUGCAAGAUGCGUUUCCCAAGAAGAGCAAAAAGCGCAAGCAGCGUGAUCCGGAUAAGCUGUUCCUCCUCUCGCUGUACGAGGAGAUCAAGCGAGUGCCAGAGGAAAUACGGCUGGAUGUGAAGUCUGAGCUGAUGCAAAUCCUAAAGAAGUACCAAAAGAAGUCACCAGUCAAGGCGGAGAAGUCCUCGGCCUCAACCUCCUCAGCUGCCAAGCAGAGCAGCAACAGCAGCAGCAGCUCCGCGUCCGCCCAUCUGUCGCACAGCAUGUAUCAGCUGCAAAAGAAGUACGAGAAGGGCGAGAAGGAAGCGUCGCCGCAGUCACAGGUCGAUCCGGUGCCAUUGCAUGCCCCACAGCAGAUGCCACUGUUUCAGCUGCAGAAGAAGUACGAGGAGAACGCCGAGAAGGUGCAUCAGCAGCAGAGUGAGCAGCGCAAGCUGGAGGCUGCCCAUCAGCAGCAGCACGCCGCUCACCAGCAGCCCCCGCCGCCACCCAAUGAGCAGCACUUGCAUCAUCCUCAGAUGACGCACAAUAUCAUGUUCCCGCUGGCCCAGUUGCGCAGCGAACAGCCGCCGGCGCAGCAUCACGCCCAUAAUCCACACCAGCAGCAGCAGCAACAACAACAACAACAGCAUCCCCACCAGCAACAGCAGCAGCAGCAGGCCCAACAGCACCAUCCGCCGACGAUCUUUGGCAGUGCCGCCAGUGCCGCAGCGAUGAGCACAGACCGCCCAGCGAUGUCCUACGAGAAUGUCGGGUGAAUGUUGAGCCGUCUGUGGGAAGCCACUUGUGGAGCGCGCCCUUCGACGGUGUCCCCCACGACGGCAGACGCGCACAACUGUUAGCACCAAGCUAAAUAGCAACUAGCUAC